AUGCGCAAGUCAGGAGUCUUUCAGCCAACUUCAACUUCCGGCUCUUUUAUGUUUCCCAGGUUUGGCCGUGAAAAGAAUUGCCGAGAUGCCAUCACUCAGAGGCCAUUUUACCAGUCUUUGCAAAGGUUUCAAGAUAAAGGUAAGAGCGAAGCAAAGAAAAUAGCGACUCUUAAUAUUAAGACACAGUUCUUUAUAUGCCGAUGAAUAAACUUGAGGUGUCCGGUGGCUAAGAUUUCAUGUUGCUGGUACGCAUAAUUACAACAAGUAACAGUCACAUGUACCGGCCACGUUGUUUCGCUAUCGUGUACAUAAUUCAUUUGAUCUAAAUCCUCAAAAUUAGUUAAAUUAGUUUAAACCAACUAAUUUUUUGUUGUUGUAAGGGGCCGUCGACACAUUCACUUUUCCCCCGCUUAAUGUCCACGAGACCUCGUCAGUGGGGGACAUUUUGGACAAACGUUCAUAAAAUAAUUUUACGUUAUGUGUGGAAAGGAGCUUGUGACAUUAUUCAAGAGAAAGAAGGACCAAUUGUACAUUUUUUUUUCAUUGUGAUCUUGUAUACUCCUAAAUCACCAAUAAAUCUAUACAAUACUAAAUCAGCGUUCUUAGGAUUUCAAUGAGUUGCAUUAAGAAAGAACUACGUGUGGACUGAAUGGAUGAAAAAAAAAAAAUGGAAUAUCUCGUGAAGACUGCUGGUGGGGUGGUUGCUGAAGUCAAAAAUAGAAUGUUUUAAGCUAAAGCUGGUCUCAUGGGUGUUGCUUGCAAAUAUCGUCAUGUUCAGAUUAUUCACUUCAUCAUUAUUACUUGCUGUCGACGACUAUCAAUUUAUUCUUGGUGUUCACAUGACGUCACCAAAAUUCAAACUAAGAAACUAUUUCGUCUUCUGAGUUUCUACAUUCAUCUGGUGUUAGGGCACCUUAAAACCUUUACACAAUCAAGUUUUCGGUUCAAAAGGGUUCUUUGUUUUGCUAUACAGGAUGCUUGAAUUUCCAGGCUUUAGCGCGACGCGGCAUUUAGCUGACAGCCAGGAAAGCUGUUACGUGGGUUAAAAACAUUACUGAUUUGGGAGAUUUUGCUAUAAACAAUAAAUAUUUCUUUAAUUGUUAUGAGUUCUUCAAGCGAGGAAUUCAGGCGUAAGUAGGACCACUCAAAAACAGAUGUUUUUGUUGGUUUCCGGCAGCCUUAUUUCUGCCCCUGAAAGGGACACAAACAUGGUAUCUCCAUACAACGCUUUAUAGAUUUGGGUAAAACGUUUUUCCGAGAAUCUCGCAUAUGAAAUAUUGCACAGACCUGAUUCGUGGCAAGCUUUUUCUAUAUUUUUCUUCUUUCAUUUUCCAGAUUCUAGACUUUCCGUAGUAAAAGGUUUCCAUUUUUGUUUUUGAUGGUGGGACAGUGAAAACCACCAACUGUUUGAUUUUGAUUUUGUUAGAUUUUGUUACUUGAUAAUAAUCAAUAUAUUUUUUUUUCUGACUUCGAUUUCUUUCAACUCCGAUAUCAAUCGGUGGAUUAAAUCAAUUGAUACUGAUGGUAUCAAUUGGUAUCAAUUGGGCUACAUUUUAUUUACAUGUAAAUGACUCUUAAUGGCUAGCACAUUCUAGCUACAGCUUCAGCUUCUUUGCAAUAGUACCCUAGCUGAAGUCAGGUUCUUGCAUUUUUGCAGAAUACUCUACGACUAUGUGCCUUAAUUGGGGAAGCCAGUGUUGUGUCAUUGAUGAUGGUGGAUCUUUCAUGCACUACAGAAGCCAGUGCUUCCACGUAAGAUAA